AUCAAGCACAACAAUUUAGCUCAAUACUGACAUGGACACUGUGAACAGGCCAGGUUUCAGGCAUACUGCCUCUGCCAUUGCAGCCCUUGCACAUAUUUUUGGUCUCACUGCCUGCAUUCUUACGCUCGUUUGGCUCCUGCAUUAUCGAGGCGGCCUCGCCUACGAUUCUCGGAGCGCCGACCUCGUUUUCAAUUGCCACCCGUUCUUCAUGCUCCUUGGUUUCGUGAUCGUGUCGGGGGAAGCAAUUAUGGCUUACAAGACAGUGAGGGCAGACAAAAUGACAACGAAGAUAGUUCAUAUGGCGUUGCAUUUUGUAGCCAUUUGUAUGGGAAUUGUAGGCAUAAAUGCUGCUUUCAAGUUCCAUGAUAUGAUCAAAUUGGAGCAUAUGUUUAGUUUGCAUUCAUGGAUUGGCAUUGUCACUUUCUGCCUCUAUGGCUUACAGUGGCUGUUGGGUCUGUGCACGUUCUUGUUUACAGGAAAAGGUUCCGGGACAACGAAGCAAGUGGAAGUUGAGGUUGAGUUGCAGAAUAAUUCACAGGGUGAUGUUGUUGCAGAUACUCAAGAAACUUCUGAAAAUGUUGAUGAGGAACCAGAAGCGGAGCAAGUGACACCUGAGUAG